AUGGGAGCUUCCAUAUCGAUAGCGCAGUGUAAGAGCCAUUACAACACGACUGUGGACUGCAGUGUCACCCCGAACGACUCUGGAGGAUUCCAGACUAUCGCUGGCUAUGAGCGCGGCGAAGUCCCUCCCGAGCCGGAUAUCGCGGGCAUUGGGAUUGUUUCCGUCUUUAUCGCUGUCGCGUCUUUCGCGUUCGCCAUUGGUGUCUUUGACGUCAUAUGGACCGUAGUAAAACAUAAUUCAACGACACAUCAACGGUAA